CUCUCGAGGGCUUCGCGCGGCGCCGGCGGAGCGGUAGCCGCCGGUAGCAGGAGCAGCAGGAGCGGCAGGAGCAAGCGGCUGGGCAGCGGGGCACAUGGCAUGCCUGAUGGCGGCUUUCUCCCUGGGCACCGCUCUGAACGCCAGCAAUUCCGCUUGUACUAUGGUCGAACCAAAGUCAGUGUGUGUUUCAGUGGAUGAAGUGGUCUCAAAUGGCACAGAUAACCAAGACAUUCGACUGAUGAAUGGACACUUGAAAAAAGUGGACAAUACUCUGACAGAAGCUCACCGUUUCUCCUACCUACCACGCAGACCAGCUGUAAAUAUUGAGUUUAAAGAACUGUCCUACUCUGUCCAAGAAGGGCCGUGGUGGAGGAAGAAAGGCUAUAAGACCCUUUUAAAAGGAAUUUCAGGGAAGUUCAGCAGUGGAGAACUUGUUGCAAUUAUGGGCCCCUCAGGAGCUGGGAAGUCAACACUCAUGAACAUUCUGGCAGGAUACAGAGAGACAGGAAUGAAAGGAGAAAUUCUCAUCAAUGGGCAGCCUCGUGACCUACGCUCCUUUCGCAAAGUCUCCUGCUACAUCAUGCAAGAUGACAUGCUCCUUCCUCAUCUGACUGUCCAAGAAGCUAUGAUGGUAUCUGCUCAUCUGAAACUUCAAGAGAAAGAUGAAGGCAGGAAAGAAAUGGUGAAAGAAAUAUUGACAGCCCUUGGUUUGCUAACCUGUGCCAAUACAAGGACUGGGAGUCUAUCUGGAGGCCAGAGAAAGCGUCUUGCCAUUGCUUUGGAGCUGGUGAACAAUCCUCCUGUUAUGUUUUUUGAUGAACCAACCAGUGGCUUGGAUAGCGCAUCAUGUUUUCAAGUUGUCUCUCUGAUGAAAGCUUUAGCCCAGGGUGGCCGGUCCAUCAUCUGCACAAUUCAUCAGCCCAGUGCUAAACUCUUUGAGUUGUUUGAUCAGCUCUAUGUUUUAAGUCAAGGUCAAUGUAUUUACCGGGGAAAAGUAUUAAACCUUGUCCCUUACUUAAGAGAUUUGGGUUUGAAUUGUCCAACCUAUCACAAUCCUGCAGAUUUUGUUAUGGAAGUAGCAUCUGGUGAAUAUGGCGACCAGAACAGCCGACUGGUAAGGGCAGUACGGGAGAGGAUUUGUGACACAGACUACAAGAGAGAUGUUGGUGGUGAGAAUGAGUUGAAUCCCUUUCUCUGGCACCGGCCCUCUGAAGAGGAUUCCUCCUCCACAGAAGGCUGCCACAGCUUCUCCGCCAGCUGCCUAACCCAAUUUUGUAUCCUCUUCAAAAGAACUUUUCUCACCAUCAUGAGGGAUUCAGUCCUAACACAUUUGCGUAUCACCUCUCACAUUGGAAUCGGUCUGCUUAUUGGCUUGCUCUACUUAGGCAUUGGCAAUGAAGCUAAGAAGGUUCUCAGCAAUUCUGGCUUCCUCUUUUUUUCCAUGUUGUUUCUUAUGUUUGCUGCACUCAUGCCAACUGUCCUUACAUUUCCUCUUGAGAUGGGAGUGUUUCUUAGAGAGCACCUGAACUACUGGUACAGCCUGAAAGCCUACUAUCUUGCCAAAACAAUGGCUGAUGUUCCUUUUCAGAUCAUGUUUCCUGUAGCUUAUUGCAGCAUCGUGUACUGGAUGACUUCACAGCCAUCUGAUGCACUCCGAUUUGUCCUCUUUGCAGCCUUGGGAACCAUGACAUCCCUGGUGGCACAGUCACUGGGUCUUCUCAUAGGAGCAGCCUCUACAUCUCUCCAGGUAGCCACUUUUGUGGGUCCGGUUACUGCCAUUCCAGUGCUUCUGUUUUCUGGGUUUUUUGUCAGCUUUGAUACCAUCCCAACAUACCUCCAGUGGAUGUCCUACAUUUCCUAUGUCAGAUACGGGUUCGAAGGAGUUAUUCUCUCAAUCUAUGGACUGGAUCGAGAAGAUCUGCAUUGUGAUAAAGAUGAUACUUGCCAUUUUCAAAAAUCAGAGGCCAUUCUGAGAGAACUGGAUGUAGAAAAUGCCAAACUCUACCUGGACUUCAUUGUUCUCGGAAUUUUCUUCUUCUCUCUGCGUCUAAUUGCCUAUUUUGUUCUCAGAUACAAAAUCCGGGCAGAGAGGUAGAGGAAAAACAACCAAAAUGAUGCAGUAGGAAGAUCUUUAGACAUGCAGUAGAGGGCAGUUGACAUUGUCUCACUGUGGCAGGCCCGUCUCCAGUGCCCAGCUAGAUGCUGUUAUGACCUAGCCCAUAGAGAACCACACUGGGAUAGAAGACAUAUAGUGUUACGUCAAUCAGUCCAGUUGGGUUGGGUCAUGUUUUCAUUACACUUUCUAGCUUUAACCAGGAAGAAGAAAUAGAAGGGAAUUUUACAACACAGAAUUUCAAUACUGAGACAGUGUAACUGUAAUUUAAAAAAAAAAACAAAACUGGUUGCAGGAAAUUUCUUUCUGAAAACCAAUUAUGCGAUAAGGUAAUUCAAGUCCUGGUAGCCAGAA